UCGGUGCUAAAAGAGUAAAUCAACAAAAAGUAGUAAAAAUGGAAAACGGCAACAGUAGAAGGGUGACAAAGGAGCAAAAAUAUAUGCUUGUUCAAUACUUGGAAGAACACAGGGAAUUUGCUCAUGACAGAUUCGUGAAUGACACCGGGUGCAAAAGUUUGCUGGAGCAGUGGAACCAUCUUGCCCAGAAACUAAACGCUCGUGGAGGAGCCAUUAAAGACGGUGAAGGAUGGAAAAGAGCGUGGGGAAAUAUGAGGAGCAAGGCCAAACAAAAAUCGCAAGAUUUGAGAAAUUCUAUUGAGCGAAGCGGAGUAAAUUCGUCAAUUACUGCGAAGCAUCUGAGUACCCUCGAUGAGCGCAUCAUUGGCGUUAUGACCACAGUUGCAGUUGUCGGUCAAACGGAAGUUGGCGAGCCACUG